AUGUCUUCCACCUUCGACGCUUUCACCGUCGAAGACGACCACUUCUCCGCAGAAGCCGCCGGCUACAGUGAUUACACCACCUUCCCUGCUGAUGACGUCCCCGUCGACCACGUGGCGGCCGCUUCGCCGGAGAUCUUCGGCUUCAGCGAUCCCGAUUCAGGCUACAGCCACUCACCCUUCGAACAAGUGCAUGUAGUGGAGAAUGGGAACGAAAAUGGCUCCGAAAAUGGCUAUAGCAAUGGCGUUUUUGUCUCCGACGGGCCGGUGCUACCACCGCCUGGAGAAAUGGAGCCGGAGGAAGGUUACGUGCUUCGGGAGUGGCGCCGUCAAAAUGCCAUUCAGCUUGAGGAGAAGGAGAAAAGGGAAAAGGAAAUGAGAUUGAAAAUUAUUGAGGAAGCCGAGGAGUAUAAGGUGGCAUUUUAUGAGAAAAGGAAGCUUAAUGUUGAAACCAACAAGGUUCAAAACAGAGAAAGGGAAAAGUUAUACCUGGCUAAUCAAGAGAAAUUCCACAAAGAGGCUGACAAAAAUUACUGGAAAGCUAUAGGGGAGAUAAUUCCUCGUGAGGUUCCCAACAUUGAGAAGAAACGAAGCAAAAAGGAUCAGGAUAAGAAGCCAUCAAUCACAGUUGUCCAAGGCCCAAAGCCUGGCAAACCCACAGAUCUUUCUAGGUUGAGGCAGAUAUUGUUGAAGUUGAAGCAUACACCACCACCUCACAUGAUUCCCCCUCCCCCUGCACCUGCUAAAGACUCAAAAGAGGGGAAAGAUGGAAAAGAAACAGCACCUAAAACAAAUGGAUCUGCACCAGUAAGUACACCUGGGUCACUACCAAAGGAUGCCACCACCAAUAACGGUACUGCAGAUUUACCCCAGAAAGAAGCUCCACUACCCCCUGAGGAGCAGUCUUCCACAUAA